AUGGAUCCUUACUGCACUCUGCAGAAUAAUUUGGGACCAGGCUUUAUUGCUGAUGGAGACUUUGUCAUUGGGGGUAUUUUCCCCUUUCACUACAAUCAGGAAAUGCCAGAUUUGAACAGCACAUACAAGCCAGGACCAGUAAAGUGUAAUGGGUUUGAUCCCAGAGCUUUCCGCUGGGCUCUGAGCUUAAAGCUUGCUGUGGAGGAAAUUAACAACAGUACUGAACUGCUACCGAACCACACUUUGGGUUAUAAAAUGUUUGAUUCCUGUGCAUACCCAUUGACAGCUCAGAGAGCAGCUCUGGCUGUUAUGAAUGGACCAAAUGAAACACAUAGACCCAUGUGUUCAAGUGCUGGGCCAUUGUUAGCUGUUAUUGCUGAAUCUGGGUCAGCUGAGACAAUUGUGGUUUCCCGAAUUUUACAGCAUUUCAGGAUUCCAAUGAUUGGCUAUUUCUCUUCAUGUGCCUGUCUCAGUAACAGACGGGAAUUCCCCACCUUUUUUAGAGUCAUCCCCAGUGAUGCCUACCAGGUGAAAGCCAUUGCCAAGCUGCUGAUACAUUACAACUGGACAUGGGUUGGUGUAGUGAGGGGAGAUCAUGUGUAUGGCCACUUUGCUCUGCAGGGACUACUUAAGGAGCUGGAGGGUACAAAUGUGUGUGUGUCUUAUCAGGAAAUGAUUCCCUUGUUGUACAACAGUCAGAGAGCAAUAGAGAUCAUACGUGUGAUGAACAGCUCCAGUGCUCGAGUGGUAGUUAUGUUUUCAGCUGAGGGAGAGCUCACACCAUUUAUGAAGGAUUAUAUGAAAUUAAAUAUUACUGGAAUUCAGUGGAUUGCUAGUGAAGCUUUGGCAACAGCUUCAGUGUUCACCGGAAGUGAGUAUUACCCCUUCCUGGGAGGUAUGAUUGGGUUUGGGUUACGACACGGCUAUAUUCCAAAGCUGCAAGACUAUCUAACAACAGUGAACCCACAGACAUACUCUUCCAACAUUUUGGUGCAUGAACUAUGGGGUGCUCUUUAUGGAUGCUCCUUUACCCAUAGUAUGCAGUUGCCCCUAUGCACUGGAAAAGAAACACUUAACAAGCAACAUACAGCCUACAUGAACACAUCCACUACUCGCAUUUCUUAUAAUGUAUAUAAAAGUGUGUAUGCCAUUGCUCAUUCCCUUCAUAAUCUUACUUCUUGCAAACCUGGACAUGGGCCAUUUAUUGACUUCACAUGUGCUGACAAUAAUAAUGUCUACCCUUGGCAGCUCCAGUAUUACCUACAAAAGGUCUCAUUCACUAUUUCGGGAGAGCUGGUCAACUUCGAUAUGAAUGGUGAUUCAAUACCGUCCUAUGACCUGAUCAACUGGCAGAAGGGCACAGCUGGCAAUGUUGAGCUGGUUAAAGUGGGCAUGUAUGAUGGGGCUCGUGAGGCUGGGAGUGAGCUGAUUAUUUACGACACAGCUAUCACAUGGGCUGGAGACAAAAGUGAGGUGCCAGUCUCUGUUUGCAGUGCCAGCUGCCCUCCAGGAUUUAGGAAAGCUGUCCGUCAAGGGGAGCCCUUGUGCUGCUUUGACUGUGUAUCAUGUGACAGUGGCACGAUUAGUAAUCAGACAGAUUUAGUAGACUGUGUGGCCUGUCCUGAAAAUUACUGGUCCAAUGCAGAUGGAACAGAAUGUAUUCCCAAGGUCAUUGAGUUUCUUUCCCAUGAUGCAAUGGGACUAACUCUUACAGUUAUUGCUGUUGUUGGAGCCUGUAUUACCAUAGCUAUAUUUGCAGCUUUAUUUUACCACAGAAACACUCCGAUUGUGCGUAUGAAUAAUUCAGAACUGAGUUUCUUCAUUCUGUUUUCCUUGACCCUGUGUUUCCUAUGUGCAUUGAUCUUUAUUGGGGAGCCCACAUCGUGGUCAUGCAUGCUGCGUCACACUGCUUUCAGUAUCACCUUCUCACUCUGCAUCUCCUGCAUUCUGGGUAAAACCUUAGUGGUUCUUGCUGCGUUCACGGCCACCCAGCCUGGAAACAAUGUGAUGAAAUGGCUUGGGCCUACACAGCAGAGGAUCAUUAUCUUUAGCUGCACACUGGUCCAGAUGAUUAUCUGUGCUGCAUGGCUCAUAUCAUCCCCUCCAUUUCCGUAUAAAAACACACAGUAUCAACGCUCUAAGAUCAUUCUAGACUGCAAAGUAGGAUCUGAGCUGGCCUUUUGGUGUGUGCUUGGGUACAUUGGCUUUUUGGCUUGUUUAUGUUUUAUUUUGGCCUUUCUGGCUCGAAAAUUGCCUGGAAAUUUUAAUGAAGCUAAAUAUAUUACUUUUAGCAUGUUAAUAUUUUGUGCAGUGUGGCUGGCAUUUAUACCUGCCUAUGUAAGUUCACCUGGUAAAUUCACUACUGCAGUUGAAAUAUUUGCUAUUUUAGCCUCUAGCUUUGGCCUCCUUUUGUGCUUAUUUGCUCCAAAGUGUUAUAUUAUUUUACUAAAACCUGAAAAAAAUACCAAACAACAUCUCAUGGGCAGAUAA